AUAAUCAUGCCUAUUGUUGGGCAACUAGUGGAUGCCGGUUGGGUGGUCAUGCAUUCAUGCUGGAGUGUAUAUCCACAAAGCUGUCCGGCCCAACAGAGUCUGCAGUCUGCACAGCUCGCUGGCAAGGAAAGCCGGUGCGCGUCCAUCCAUCUUUCCAUCAUGGGAAGCGGCAGCUCCGGCGAGGUGGGCGCGUCGGAGGCAAUCAGCCUCGUGCUGCGCAUCGCGACGGUGGGGCUGUCGCUGGCGUCGGCGAUCAUGACGGCCGCCUCGACGCAGUGCGUGCUCCGGGACAACGGCGUCGCCGCCGGCGCCGUCUCCUACGGCGACUACUACUCCUUCAAGUACUCGGCGCUCGCCGACCUGCUGUCCGCGGUGCUGCAGGGCGUGGCGAUCUACCUGGAGGCGACGAGGAAGGGCAAGGCGGCCAGGGCCGUCGAGCUCAUCGACAAGCUCGCGCAGGCGCUCACGUCCACGUCGGGGGCGCUGCUGCUCGCCGUCGACGACAUCACCUCCUGCGGCGGGCCGCCCCGAGGCGGGGGGACUGGCGGGCGGCGCCAGCGCGGCGGCGGCCUGUGCGGCCAGGCCGGCGCGUUCUGCGGGCGGUUCCGCGUGUCAUCGGCGCUCUCCGUCGCCGCGUCCGUGUCCGUCUCAGCGUCCGUUUACACGAGGCACGCCCCGGUGGCCGUCACGCUGGCGCCGAGGCCGGCGCCGCCGUCCGCACCGAAGGUGAAAGUAGUCGUGCGCAGAGAAGACGAGGGUGGUAGAAAUGAGAAGGAAGAAGAGGUAGAGAAAUGUGAGGUUGAGUUGAUUGUGACGGAGAAGGCGAAGGAGAAGGACGACAAGGAGGAAGAGAAGAAGGAUGACGGGGUGGUGAAGGACAAAGAGUGUUGCACAGAGGUUAGCACGCCGCCGGCGAUGCCGCCGCCGUGGUGCCGGUGCCCGAGGCUGACGAUCCCGUGCGACUGCGAGGACCCGGAACUGUGCGGCGCCUUCUUCUAGAUAGAAGGCCCCGUGCUCGCCGUGCUCGAGCUUGACCGAGCCGUAUCCAUGGAGCUUUGUGA